GAACAUCUGCCACAAUUGUUGACGUUUACCUUUUUGCCAAUCAAAAUCGUGCCAGCUGUAUCUUAACUAGAUAAUGGACCUGAUUAUUCUUGUGGGCAUCGCUUCGGCCCUGCUGGUCGUGAUAUUAACGAUAUUUUUCCUGCAGAAAAAGAAGGGCGGCGGCACAGAAGCAAAGGAAGCAGCAGCACCACCGCAACGUGGCGUCCCAUUGCGAGCACAGGAGGGCGUCCCGCGACGGGCCCAAAUAGCCCGCAAUCAGCGUAACCGACUACGCCAGAAUGCUCCUGCAGCAGCCCCGGCCGCAGCGGCUGCCCUGCAAGCAGCUGACGCCGAGGGGGAUAAUGACGAUGAAAAUCCCGAUGGCGAUGGCCAGCGUAUGCCGCAAGGUGCUGUGCUUGACGAGAAGAUGGGUGCCAAGAAGCGGGCCAAGAUGGAGGCCAAGGAACAGAAGCGUCUGCACCGCGAGCAGGAGCUGAUCGAUAGAGAGCAGCGGAAGGUGAAGGAGGCCAAGGAAGAGGCCGAGCGAAAGCAACAGGAGGAUUUUCGGGAAGAGGCAGACCGCAAAAGAGCCGAGGCCGAGCGUCUGGUUAAGGAGGAGCGCGAGCGCAAAGAGCACGAGGAGUAUCUGAAAAUGAAGGCCGGCUUCAGCGUCGAGGAAGAGGGCUUUGAGGAGGGGGACGCGGACGACCAGGAUAAUCUUUUGGCCGAUUUUAUACAGUACAUCAAGGACAAUAAGGUUGUGCUGUUGGAGGAUUUGGCCGUUGCCUUCAAGCUGAAGACACAGCAGGCCAUCGAGCGCAUCCAGGAUCUGCAGGCCAAUGGGACCCUCACAGGCGUAAUCGACGACCGUGGCAAGUUCAUCUAUGUCUCGGAGGAGGAGCUGGCGGCCGUGGCCAAGUUCAUAAAGCAGCGUGGCCGCGUCUCCAUUGUGGAGCUGGCUGAGAGCAGCAACAACCUGAUAAACCUAACGCCCGUCUCAGCUGGUGCUGGCGAGGGCAGCUCGUGAUGAGAUUUGUUAGCCAUUUAUAAAUUAAAUUUAUAUUUAGGUGCACUGUUAAUAGAAUAACGACAACAAAUGAAACCAAUUCUGAGGCUGAAGUCCUUGCGAGCUAUCGGGGUUUUCCGGCCGCUUAAAUAAAAUCCACAAAAAAAUAA